AUGGAAGAAGGCACGAAGACGAAGAAGACGGUGUUCAUCGGAGGCAUCGGCGACGACGUGGACGAGUCCGUCCUCCUCGACACCUUCUCGAGCUUUGGCGACGUGAUCGAAGUGCAGAUACCACCCGCCCAGGUGAACCAGCACCAACCGUCAGAGGGGAAACAUCGGGGGUUCGCGUUCGUGACCUACACCUCUGCCGAGGAUGCCCAGGACGCGAUCGAUAACAUGGACCUCAACGAGCUCCGAGGACGCGUCCUCAAGGUUAGCUUGGCGCGCCCAAUGAAGACCCCCGCCCAACUCGGCGGCAACCGAGCGGUGUGGGAGUCCGAGGAAUGGAUCAAGCAAUAUGCAAAACCGUUGUCGCAGAGCGGAGGUGAGAACCGACCGCCGAUAUGCGGAAUGAAUCGAAAGGAUGGCGCGCGAAAGCUGACCCUUCUUCGUUCAGGCGUGCAGGCCCGGGGCAAGAGCGGCACGCCACAGCCGUCCGGUGAAGGCGACGAGGACGCGACCAUGGACGAGUGA